AUGGCUGCCAGGGAUUUGGCGGUAGGAAUGAUCUUCUUAUUACAGACUACAUUUGGAAUCCUGGGGAAUUUCUUUCUUAUUUGUCAUUAUCUCUUCCUUUAUUUGACUGGGUGUAGGAUAAGGUCCACAGAUUUGAUUAUCAAGAACCAGACUGUAGCCAAUUUAUUGCUCCUGUUCGCUAGUGGAAUCCGCUAUACGUUGUCAUCUUUUGGAGUGGAUCCUGUUCAUCCUGAUUUGGAAUGCAGAUUUUUGCCCUAUGUUCGCGCAGUGGGCAGGGGUGUGUCCAUUGGCACCACCUGCCUCUUGAGUGUCAUCCAGGCCAUCAUCAUCAGCCCCAGGAACUCCAGGUUGGCAGAGAUUAAAGUGAAAGCUCUCAGGUGCAUUGUCCCUUCAAUUUCCCUGUGCUGGAUGCUGCACAUGCUGAUAAAUAUCGUUUAUCCUAUGUUUAUGGCUGCCAACAGGAGCCACAAAAACAUCACAAAUAGAAAAAGUUUUGGAUACUGUUCUGCUGUUCAUCAUGACAAAGCCAGAGACAACUUAUAUGCAGCAUUGCUGUCAUUCCCUGAUGUUUUCUGUUUGGGGCUUAUGUUCUUGGCCAGUGGCUCCAUCGUUUUCAUCCUAUACAGGCACAAGCAGAGAGUUCAAAGACUUCAUAAGACCAAUGUCUCCCUCAAAACCUCCCCUGAGUCCAGAGCUACCAAAACUGUCCUUCUCCUGGUGAGCACCUUUGUCCUUUUUAAUACCCUUUCCUCCGUUUUUCAAGCACUUUUGGCUCUUUUGAAUAAUCCCAACUGGUUCUUCCUGAAGGCCACUUCAGUAAGCACUCUUUGUUUCCCAAGUCUCAGUCCCUUUCUGCUCAUGAGCCGUGAAUCCAGGGUAUCCAGGCUGUGCUUUGCCUGGACAAAACAUACAAAAUCCUUCAGGCCGGCCCAGUAG